AUGGCGUCGGCGGACCUCAAGCAAGCGGAUGGAGACCUGCACACCGGAGUGCGCCAGCCCGCAGGAAAUAUGGAAACGACUGAAGAACCGACCACUCCUCUCAACGCAUGCGCCCGCACCUUCAACACCGCCGAGCUUCUGGAAAGCAUUCUCCUCCAGCUACCUUGCAAGCAGGUGGUCUCCGUGAGGAGGGUCUGCAAGCAAUGGCGUUAUGCAGUGAAGGGAUCCCACAAAAUUCUAUUGGCGCUAUGCCUGACUCUGAUCGAAACCCUGGAUUACCCCUUGCUUCCCCGUCGGUCCAAGGAGAGCGUGACCAAGAUCGUAGCUUUCAUCGAAGAGGACAUCCCGGAAGAGGUAUACUACGCCGGGCCAUUCGAUGCUGCAAACCUGCAGCACCUUACCUGUCUGGCUACGUACAACGGGUUUCAGAAGUGGUGGGAGGACGAUGACACGGCAGUCAUCGCCAACCCCAUCCUCUGCGAAAUCCUCCCUGGCGGCAGCAGCUCUAGCAAAUACUGCACCCUCUCACACUUACGCCACGUCAUGAAGAUCCGGCCUUCCCACUGGAAGCGGAUGUUUUUGACUCAGCCGCCCAUAGCAAGGGCUCUACUCGAGAUCCGUACAAGAGCAGUAAGGAGGAACCGUGGGGUUGGGGACGGUGCAGAUCUGGCGGAAAGGAUGGGAUGGAGCGCUCAUGUCCAGUACUCUGAUGAUCGGUUCGACCUCAGUAGAGCACUCGAUGUCUCGAAUCCGGCAGGUGUGAAAAUCUCUGAUGUCUUGCGCGCCCUUUCGGAGGUCCACGAAGUCUGCCUGCAAGUUAUUGAAGGGAAGAUGGAAGGGUUCUCAGUGGGUGAGAUCAGAGUUGAGUUCUCCGACCUCGAGUAUGAAACAGCAGCUGGAGGGGUUUACAGCAAACGAGCAACCUCGGCGGAAGAAUAG